GGAUGACAUAUUUGUGGAGAUGUAGAAACAUUUAUAUCUGGGCUCCUCUCUCAUUGGGAUGGUGUUUUGGUAACUCACUUUCUUUUCAACUACAUUCUUUAUAAACCACACUUACAUUCUUUAUCUGUCUAUCGUUAAGGCUGUGCCUAUUAUCACCAUGAUGCGAUCCGCCCUUAUUUCUCUUAUCCCUGCCUUCUUGGCCACUGCUUGUCCUGUCCCCCAGGCUUCCGAGUCUGCUGGUUCUGUGGUUUCUUCUGGUAGCUGCGGUGCAGCCGAAGUUGAUGAGCUCGUUGGGUACGGAGCCAAGACCACUGGAGGCUCUGGUGACCCUGUCACCGUCACCUCUUGCUCGGAGCUCACCUCUGCUCUCUCCAAUGGCGGCGUCAUCCAUAUCGACGGCCAACUUACCGGCUGCGAUAUCAUGAACGUUAACAGCGACACCACCAUCCUUGGUGUCGGUUCCAGCUCUGGCCUCACUGACAGUGGUUUCCGCAUCAAGAAGGCCGACAAUGUCAUCAUCCGCAACCUCGCCAUGAAGAACCCCCCCAAAGGGAUGGAUCUCAUCGACAUCGAGACCUCCACCAAUAUCUGGAUCGACCACAACGAGUUCUCCGCCGAGGGUAUCGCCGGUGACAAGGACUUCUACGACGGUCUCCUCGACGCCAAGCGCGGCUCCGACUUCCUCACCUUCUCAUGGAACAAGUUCUCCGACCACUGGAAAGCCAGUCUUAUCGGCCACAGCGACAGCAACGGCGAUCAAGACACUGGGAAGCUCCACGUUACUUACCACCACAACUACUGGAGUAACAUCAACAGCCGCGCUCCCUCCAUUCGUUUCGGAACCGCGCAUAUUUACAGCAGCUGCUAUGAGGAUCUUCCCACAUCUGGAGUGAACUCUCGCAUGGGUGCUCAAGUUCUGGUUGAAACUACUGCUUUUGUUAACGUUAAGCGACCUAUUGUUACGAACCUUGAUUCCAAGGAGGAUGGAUUCGCUAUUGAGAAGGACAAUCUUUUUGAGAACAGUGAGGCCCAGAUCACGCAGGAGAAGGAUUUUGUUCCCCCUUAUGACUACACUACUGACUCUGCGGAUUGUAUUUGUGAGUAUCUCAAGGAGAAUGCCGGUACCGGUGUCAUCAACGCCUAAGUGGUGCGAUCUGGUAUCUGCCAAGCUUGACAAAGGGAGUUCUAGACAAAUAUAAAAGCCUUUCAUAGCCAAUAGACUCUGACUUUAAGCAUAAGACUUUC